GCGGGAAAAGCACACAGGCUGAGCUCGGAGGAGAGGGAGCAGCUUCUGCCAAACCUGAGAGCUGUGGGGUGGAACGAGGUGGAAGGCAGAGAUGCCAUCUUCAAAGAGUUCCACUUCAAGGACUUCAACCGGGCCUUUGGCUUCAUGACCAGAGUGGCUCUACAGGCAGAAAAACUGGAUCACCACCCUGAAUGGUUCAAUGUGUACAAUAAGGUCCACAUCACCUUGAGCACCCACGAGUGUGGAGGCUUAUCGGAGCGAGACAUCAACUUGGCCAGCUUCAUCGAGCAGGUUGCAUCUUCCCUCUCCUGA